CUCUUAAAAGAAACCGAGAAGAGGAUGCGGGUGGAUAUUAUUGAUCCUUUCUAACCACUUCUUGUCUUUCAUUCAGUCAUGAACACUGCUGGUGUUGCUAAUGUUCUUGAGUACUUACCUUUGCCUGUACGCCAUUCCCCUGUUAGCGCCCCCUCCCAAGAAGACCCGUCUUGAUACGAGCUCGUUGAAGGAUGCGAUUGAGGGAGCUAGUCUUACGGGCAAGGCUACAGUGAAUGGCCGGGUAGCCCUUUCUCGGCUUGACAGUAAAGAAAGAGUCUCUGUGCUUAGAUUCCUUGGUUCCUCGGUUGACGAGGACAACAGUUACGUUUCGCUAUCUACGAUAGCGCUUGCCCUCCGAAAUUCAUCUUUCCAAGAAAUUGAGAUACUGUCCACACCUCCCGAUUCCAGCGCUUUAUUUCCUGUGGUCGGUACAGAAGACCUAUAUGUUCGGCAAGCCUACAAGGACCUUUACCAAGAAGUUUCCAUGAAAUUUCAGGAGAGUCCUAGGAAUAGGGCUCAGAUGCACGUUGUUGUCACUGGAACAUCAGGCAUCGGAAAAUCAGCCUUCCUUGUAUACUUCACCAUCCGACUUCUUGCUACAGGAAGUGACGACAAUCCAUCCAUUGUGAUUUUCCAGGAGAAAAGGGGAUCCAAAUGCUAUGUAUAUGGAGGGCUAUCUACUCUACGCUAUGGAGACAUCGAGGAUUUUCGGCCCUUCCUCAAUCUACCCGAAACGUGGUAUUUAGUCGACAGCUCUCCAAACCCGCUGCUGGAGAGAGCAAGGACUAUUAUAUCAGCAUCGCCAAAGACACUACAUUCCGAGAUGAACCAAUAUCAGGAAGUCGACAAACGAGUACCGUGGCAUUACUAUAUGGCCCCAUGGAUGCUGGAGGAGUUAGAGCGUUCCCAAGAACCUAUGGGGGAACUCUACGGUAUGGUAGGCGGCGUGCCAAGAUAUGUCCUUGAAACCCCAAUGAAUGUACUGAACCUCGGUCCCGGUGAUACUGCCGGUGCCAAGAAGAGUGCGUGUGCACGCGUUUUGCAAGCCAUCGAUCUCGUCAGAGCUCCGCUGAGGAUGAUGCAAUGUUUUGAGCAAGGGGGAGAGUCGCUAGGAUAUAGCAGCCGUCUACUUCACCGCUGGCCUACGGAGGAUCACAAGGACUUUCGUUUGGAAUGGGCGUCAACAUAUAUCGCAGACGAAAUCGGCAAAUCACUGCAAGAUGUUACUUGGCAACAAAUCUUGGAAAAACUCAUUGGCGUCAACGUCGGAACCGCUAAGGGACCUAUGUUCGAGCUAUAUGUACAACACAUCUUUCGAAAGGGAGGCUACGAAUUCCAAAUCAAGGGUCUUCAAGAUGGGUCGGAUACCACUUUCAGAAUCCUGGCCGAUUCAAGCGUAGAGUUGUUCGAUGAGAUUUCCACAACUUAUAACUACGCUUGCAUCGAUCUACUAUUGUCACCAGGACACUUGUUUCAAGUUACGAUUCACUCCUCUGGAGACGCUCAUCUAGUUUUUAUUGUACCAAGCGAGAUUUAUGACAACUUCCCAGAGCAGAAGUACUUAUCUACGACAGGGACAGUCUAUAAGAGAGUCCCAAAGCUGAUACGGCCGGUGAAGCAAUUCGUGUUGAAGAUUGAUUUGAAAUCAGCAUCGACCGGCAAAUCACCAGGGAUCUGUGGCCCAGCUUAUUGAGUGGAGACGCAGCGUCUUCUCCCCAUCACUGCAAUAGGACAUGCAUGUCAACAUUAAGAUUUUGGAAAAAAUUACUGCGAACCGUGACAUCUGCAAGAAGCCGUCUUUCAGACCAAGAUAGUAGUAUGUAGCUCCACGAUAGUCUAGUGUACACUGUGAUCCCACAUUGCUUUUUUCUUCGUCUGUUGAGGAAGAUGCAUUCUGAGAUCCCAGAACGCGAGCUCCGGCACAAAAAGCAGAAAUUCACCAUGUCUGAACAGUCAGCGGGCAAGAUGCAGCGAGUCUAACUCGAACAGGGCUUUCCCGAGAUCGUACCGUUAAUCAUAGUCAUUAUAUUUCUAGCCGUAUUUGUAGCUUACAUGAAUAUACAACGUUCGAGCUUGCCCUUCUUAUUUGACUGGACCAGGUAGACCAGGAUUUGUGCAUCUUUUUUUAAAAGUA